GCUGGGCCACAUUACCGACUCACCCCUUUGUCCCAUUCCCUGAGCUCAUCUCUCCUCAAAUCCCCACUUCUGUCGCUCUUCCAGUUAACUUUCUCAAGCUAAGCCAGAACGCUCUCAUCUCCCGACAAGCCCCAGGACUUGGUAGAGUCUGCAGGAGGCGUCCCCUCCCUGCCCCCUUCCAGCUGUGCCUGCCCCUCACAGUUCUCCCAGCACACACAUUCUCUGUUCACUUGGCCUGGGAUGUGGGCGGGGGCUGGGGAGGGGCCAGAGUGGGAAUGAAAGGGCCUUUUUCUGCAACAGCUGGGAGAACAGCUGCCACCAAAGUAAGGCUGGACACUCUGUGCCCAGAGCCCCCUUUCUAGCUGGCCUCUCCUCCCAGGAUAUCCCCCUCAUUCUCACCUCAUUUUCUUUCCUCUCCUGCCUGACUCCUACCAAGGCCUUGGAACAGCACUAGGAGAAAACAUUUUGUCACAGAAGACAGAGGGGUCUGACAGGACAGCAGAGGGACAGGGGACAGCCUCUACGUUCUGCCCAAGAGCUGACCACCUCUCUCAAGCCUGGGGCACAGUGGGAGGAGGAACUGUAGGACAGCUGGUGCCUACCUGACCCUUCUCUGGCGGGCAACAAGGGAAGGGGCUCUGGGGGGCACAGAGAUGCAGGACAGAUUGCACAUCCUGGAGGACCUCAAUAUGCUCUACAUCCGGCAGAUGGCACUCAGCCUGGAGGACACGGAAUUGCAGAGGAAGCUAGACCAUGAGAUCCGGAUGAGGGAAGGGGCGUGCAAGCUGCUGGCAGCUUGCUCCCAGCGAGAGCAGGCUCUGGAGGCCACCAAGAGUCUGUUGGUGUGCAACAGCCGUAUUCUCAGCUACAUGGGCGAGCUGCAGCGGCGCAAAGAGGCCCAGGUGCUGGGGAAGACAGGCCGGCGGCCUUCUGACAGUGGGCCACCCGCUGAGCGCUCUCCCUGCCGUGGCCGGGUCUGCAUCUCUGACCUCCGGAUCCCACUCAUGUGGAAGGACACAGAAUAUUUUAAGAACAAAGGCGACCUCCACCGUUGGGCUGUCUUCUUGCUGCUGCAGCUUGGAGAACAGAUUCAGGACACAGAGAUGAUCCUGGUGGACAGGACUCUCACAGACAUCUCCUUUCAGAGCAAUGUGCUCUUCACUGAGGCAGGGCCAGACUUUGAACUACGGCUGGAGCUAUAUGGAGUCUGCGUGGAAGAAGAGGGGCCCCUGACUGGCGCUCCCAAGAGGCUUGCAACCAAACUCAGCAGUUCCCUAGGCCGCUCCUCAGGAAGACGUGUCAGGGCAUCAUUGGACAGUGCCGGAGGCUCUGGGAGCAGCCCCAUCCUGCUUCCCACCCCAGCUGUGGGUGGUCCUCGUUACCACCUCUUGGCUCACACCACCCUUACUCUAGCAGCAGUACAAGAUGGGUUCCGAACACACGACCUUACUCUCUCCAGCCAUGAGGAUAACCCUGCCUCACUGCCCCUUUAUGGUAGUGUGUGUUGCCGCCUGGCAGCUCAGCCUCUCUGCAUGACUCAGCCCACUGCAAGUGGUACCCUCAGGGUGAAGCAAGCUGGGGAGCUACAGAAUGGGACAUAUGUGCAUGGAGUCCUGAAAGGCACAAACCUCUUCUGUUACCGGCAGCCUGGGGAUGCAGACACUGGGCAAGAGCCACUGUUUACUAUCGCUAUCAACAAGGAGUCUAGGGUCAGGGCAGGGGAGCUGGAGCAGGCCCCAGGGCGGCCUUUUACCCUCAGUAUCAGCAACCGGUAUGGCGAUGAGGAGGUGACACACACCCUCCAGGUGGAGAGCCGAGAAACCCUACAGAACUGGAUGGAGGCUCUGUGGCAGCUUUUCUUUGACAUGAGCCAGUGGAAGCAGUGCUGUGAUGAAGUCAUGAAAAUCGAAACUCCUGCUCCCCGGAAACCCCCCCAAGCACUGGCCAAGCAGGGGUCCUUGUACCAUGAGAUGGCUAUUGAACCGCUGGAUGACAUCGCAGCGGUGACAGACAUCCUGGCCCAGCGGGAGGGCACAAGGCUGGAGAAGCCCCCACCCUGGCUAGCUAUGUUUACAGACCAGCCUGCCCUGUCUAGCCCCUGCUCACCUGUCUCAGUGGCUUCAGCCCCAGUCUGGACACAACCCCUGCCCUGGGGGCGACCCCGAACCUUUUCCCUGGAUGCUGUUCCCCCAGACCAUUCCCCUGGGGCUUCUCGCUUGGUUGCACCUCCCCCCCUGCAGCAAUCCCCAGGAUCCAGAGGCCUCUACAGCAAAAGCCAGCUCCGCAUGUGGCUCCAGUCCCCAGUGUGAGAGAGAGGCCCUGGAAAAAAGGUCAGCCAGAAAAGAAAAUGACCCAUGGGCAGCUGAACUCUGGGUCCAGGGCUUCUGGGAGCCAGUUGGCCAGCUGGGCUUCCUCUUCCUCCACUGGACUAGGGGAAAGGUGGGCAGGGGGAACAGAAGCCCCUUGUAAGUUUGCUAUGGUACUGAGGGGACCACUCCUGGAGCUAACUGGGAUCCCCUAAACCCUUCCUGGGAGAAAACUGGAACAACCCUGCCCUAUCUCCUGCACUAACCAGUCUUGAGUGCAGCACUGGAGAGUGGGGAGGAAUGCACCUCCUGUGACUCCUGCAUUGACCAUUAAAGCUAUUUAACAGCCACCUUCACCUGGUCUCUGAG